CUUUCACACGCGGUAGUAAAAAUUGUGCAAUUGUACCACUUAACAGCACUGCGGUUUCCACGAGUAAUAGAUAGAUCAACCUUAAAAGAUGUUAACUUCACUACGACUGUACUUCUCCCCAUUUCUGAGACGCAACGAAGAAUUAUCCUUGCUGCAAAUUUUCAAACCUCUAUACCUAGUGUUAUGUCUUUUUGGACUUAUCCCCUGUUCAAUCGAUCUGCCAAAAGAAAAGAGAAACUGCAUAAUUUUGCAAAAAUCCUGUUUUAACCGCUCACUUUGCGCCGUUUUUAUCCUACUUGUUGUUUACAUAUUUUGUGGACUCCACGUACAUCAAGUAAUUACAUCAAAAGAAGAUAAUGUUCUUGCUGAAGGCGCUAUGGCAAAAGCCAACUACGUAAUUGAAUUAACUACAGCAGUUCUCUUCUGUACUUCUGCAUAUUUCUCCGUUUAUUGUAAGAAGGAUGUAUAUGUGUCAAUGUUCAGGGACAUCAUUCGAGCCUGGGAUGGUCUGCAUCAUGUUAAUAGAGACAUAAUUUUAGGUCGUCUGCGCAUCCAAGUCAACUGUGUAGUUUUCGGAAGUCUGAUACUGAUUUUGAUCACGCUUACGGUCAUAACUUUCACAGGGCAAUCCAGUUUAUGGAAAAGAAUAUUGAUAACGUUUUCUUUCGAUAUACCCGAGAUGAUACAAUUUAUUGUACUAGCUUUUUAUUUUGUAUUUAUUUUGAUGGUAGACGCAUUGUUGAAGAAUAUCGAGAGUCAUUGCAAGAUGUUCAAGAAAUUCCGGAGAAUCAUCAAGGGAUCGAAAGCGGAAUUGGUGCGAAUACCUGUAACGCUGUCUCAGAUGCAGACUGUGUACGUGAAAGCAAUGCGCGUCAAGAGACAGAUAAAUGAGGUGUUCCAAGCUCCAAUCCUGUUUACUCUGCUACAGUGCUUUCACACGAUCGUCAGUGAGUCUUGCGACAUGUGCUUGGGGCUAUUUUAUAAAGGCAACUUUAGCGUUCACAACAUCAUUGAAUGCUCCUUUUGGGUUAUGUUACAAUUGAUAAAGGUUUUCGUGUUGGCCCGGUCGGGAAGCUUAUUGAAAUCAGAGGCUGACAAAAUCGGACGUGUAAUCCAUGACAUUCCAAAUAGUGAAGAAGAAGACAUAGAUCUAUUCGUGGAGAUCCAACAUUUUUCGAAUUUGAUGAAUUAUCAUGAUACCGAGAUUAGCAUUUACGGCUAUUUUCUACUAGAAGCGCCGCUCAUGUUUGAUAUGGUUGCCGCAGCAGCGAUGUACUUAGUGAUCCUCGUACAAUUUACUGAAUAA